GAAGAAAACAAAAACAAACAGAGCGAGAGGGGCCAGAGACUCUCCGAGGCGGCAGAGGCGGCGGAGGCAGAGGAGCGGGGUCGGGGUCGGCAGACCAGGGACCUGGGCGAGCAGCGGCUGGGGCCCGAGGGAAGGAAGAUUUCCAUUUGGUAAUUUGUUUAAUCAGUGCAAACGAAAUUAAGGAAAAAUGGAUGUAGAAAAUGAGCAGAUACUGAAUGUAAACCCUGCAGAUCCUGAUAAUUUAAGUGACUCUCUCUUUUCCGGUGAUGAAGAAAAUACUGGGACUGAGGAAAUUAAGAAUGAAAUAAAUGGAAACUGGAUUUCAGCAUCCUCCAUUAAUGAAGCUAGAAUUAAUGCCAAGGCAAAAAGGCGACUAAGGAAAAACUCAUCCCGGGACUCUGGCAGAGGUGAUUCGGUCAGCGACAAUGGGAGUGACGCCCUUAGAAGUGGAGUAACUGUGCCCACUAGUCCAAAGGGAAGGUUGCUGGAUAGGCGAUCCAGAUCUGGGAAAGGAAGGGGACUACCAAAGAAAGGUGGUGCAGGAGGCAAAGGUGUCUGGGGUACACCUGGACAGGUGUAUGAUGUGGAGGAGGUAGAUGUGAAAGAUCCUAACUAUGAUGAUGACCAGGAGAACUGUGUUUAUGAAACUGUAGUUUUGCCUUUGGAUGAAAGGGCAUUUGAGAAGACUUUAACACCAAUCAUACAGGAAUAUUUUGAGCAUGGAGAUACUAAUGAAGUUGCGGAAAUGUUAAGAGAUUUAAAUCUUGGUGAAAUGAAAAGUGGAGUACCGGUGUUGGCAGUGUCCUUAGCAUUGGAGGGGAAGGCUAGUCAUAGAGAGAUGACAUCUAAGCUUCUUUCUGACCUUUGUGGGACAGUAAUGAGCACAAGUGAUGUGGAAAAAUCAUUUGAUAAAUUGUUGAAAGAUCUACCUGAAUUAGCACUGGAUACUCCUAGAGCACCACAGUUGGUGGGUCAGUUUAUUGCUAGAGCUGUUGGAGAUGGAAUUUUAUGUAAUACCUACAUUGAUAGUUACAAAGGAACUGUAGAUUGUGUACAGGCUAGAGCUGCUCUGGAUAAGGCCACCGUGCUUCUGAGUAUGUCUAAAGGUGGAAAGCGUAAAGAUAAUGUGUGGGGCUCUGGAGGUGGGCAGCAAUCUGUCAAUCACCUUGUUAAAGAGAUUGAUAUGCUGCUGAAAGAAUAUUUACUCUCUGGAGAUAUAUCUGAAGCUGAACAUUGCCUUAAGGAACUGGAAGUACCUCAUUUUCACCAUGAGCUUGUAUAUGAAGCUAUUAUAAUGGUUUUAGAGUCAACCGGAGAAAGUACAUUUAAGAUGAUUUUGGAUUUAUUAAAGUCCCUUUGGAUGUCUUCUGCCAUUACUGUAGACCAAAUGAAAAGAGGUUAUGAGAGAAUUUACAAUGAAAUUCCAGACAUUAAUCUGGAUGUCCCACAUUCAUACUCUGUGCUGGAGCGGUUUGUAGAAGAAUGUUUUCAGGCUGGAAUAAUUUCCAAACAACUCAGAGAUCUUUGUCCUUCAAGGGGCAGAAAGCGUUUUGUAAGCGAAGGAGAUGGAGGUCGCCUUAAACCAGAGAGCUACUGAAUAUAAGAACUCUUACAGUCUUAGAUAUUAUAAAAAUAUAUAUCUGAAUUGUAAGAGUUGUUAGCACAAGGUUUUUUUUUUUUUUUGGCACUUGUUUUGGGUACAAGGCAUUUCUGACAUUUUUAUAAACCUACAUUUAAGGGGAAUUUUUAAAGGAAAUGUUUUUUCUUUUUUCUUUUUUUUUUUUUUUUUGAGGGGGCAGAGGAGGGACAGAAAAGUGACCUCUUCUUAAGUGGAAUAUUCUAAUAAGCUACCUUUUGUAAGUGCCAUGUUUAUGACCUAAUCAUUCCAAGUUUUGCAUUGAUGUCUGACUGCCACUCCUUUCUUUCAAGGACGGUGUUUUUUGUAGUAAAAUCACUGGUUUAUACAAAGCUUUAUUUAGGGGGUAAAGAUAAGCUGCUAAAACCCCAUGUUGGCUGCUGCUGUUGAAAUACUGUGCUUUGGAAGUAAAAAAAAAGAAAGUUAUUUCUUUGUCUUAAAGAAUUAAAAAAAAAUUAGUCAUGAGACUUAUUCAUCUUUCCAGGGAACAUACUGACCGGUCUUAAAAGACUAGACAGUUAAGUAAAUGGUGGCUGGAACAUCUAUUUUUCUACAAAACUGGAAAAAUGAACCUGGUUCUAGAAGAAUGUACACCAAAAUAAAACAUGUGAAGCAGUGUUGAUACUUUAUUGGGAGUACAUUUAUUUUAGGUCUUUUAAACUUUAAUUUCACACAGCAAAUUUUAAAUCUCAUAAGGAAGCAUAUUUGAACCUAGUGAAUUUAAUCUUAGUGUUCCUUGAAAACUUUUUUCCCUACAAAACUUUUAAAUGAAAAGUACAAUAGUAAAUUAAGAUUACACUAGGGGAAAAAAAUGCAGGUAUCACUUUCCUCCAUUGAUACCUGAUCUACAGCUUAAUUAAGUUUAAGAAAUAUGUAAUACCUUCUAUCAUUCUAUUCUUAAAUUGUUAUCAAAUAAUGGCUAGUGUUACAAAAAGUUAUUCUCCAAAGACCGAAAGCUUGACAUUUACCCAAUGUCUGAGAAAAUAUGACCUACCAAUUAAUAACAAAAGAAUGAUCAUACUUU